ACACACUCCUACCCUACCUCAGCAUCCUGGAAAAGUGAAAAUCCCCAUACUUCAUCUAUUAUAUCAAUGUAACCUUCCAUUGAAACUAGGAUUCAUUGUGCACUAUUUUUGGUUUCUCUUUGCUAAAUCAAUGGCCAAGACCAGGUGGAUCUGCCAUCUUUUGGUGAGGUUCUUGGCCUUUGCAGCCACACUUUCAGCAGUGAUUGUCAUGGCUACUAGCCAUGAGAGAGCUGGCUUCUUGGCUAUAUCCUUCGAAGCAAAAUACACUAACACCCCUGCAUUCAAGUACUUUGUGAUUGCAAACUCUGUUGUUACCGUCUAUGGAUUUCUUGUCUUCUUUCUUCCUGCAGAAAGCUUGCUCUGGCGACUAGUGGUCGCCAUGGAUUUGGUGUUCACCAUGUUACUCAUCUCAAGCAUAUCUGCAGCAUUGACUAUAGCUGAAGUGGGAAAGAAAGGGAACAGUUAUGCAGCUUGGCUUCCAAUAUGCGAUUCAGUGCCCAAAUUUUGUGAUCAAGUGACAGGAGCUUUAAUAGCUGGUUUCAUUGCCGUCAUUGUCUACAUGAUUCUUCUGUUGCAUUCCAUUCAUAGUGUCCUAGACCCUCUACUAUUGAGAAAAACUUGAGCUGUUUUUCAGGGCCAGCUAGCAUCUUAUCUUUAUCAAAGUAUAGGGUAGUAGAAAAUUAUCCCAUCAUUAUACUAAAAUUAUAACAUGUGGCACAAGAAGUGUGUUGAAUUUUGUCUUACACAGAGAUGGCAAAAACCAAGAUUUCGUAUAUCCGACAAAGGAAGUUAUGUUUGGACUUUGGGCUCUGGCCUUUAUUUUCUUGCCUGCAGUGUUGCUAUCCGCGUGUAACCUGGUUUUGGGGCUUUUGUAGCUUCAGCAUGUAAGACUUGUCUGUAUAAAGUUUCAAUGGGCCUUUGGCCUUUUUAAUGAAGUUCUUCAUUAAUUGAUAAAAUAAAAACUUGAUCUUGGGCCCUUACCACUGAAAUGAAAACCAUUCAUUUUUGUCCCAAAAAAAUAUGAAGGAUCCUUUUAUGUAAUCUUUGUCCCAAAAAAAUA